UUAAAUUUGAUUCGAUAUAUCCCCACUUAAAAUGUCAAUGGAUUAGUCGACUUACGCAUCCCUAUUUCCACUGUGUAUUUCAUUGACGAUUACUUGUCCACGAAUAAACAAAGAAAAUGGCUGGUGUUGCUACAAAGGGAUCCACAUUAGUGAACAGAUUGCUUGCUCAAGCUCGUCCCCAAUUGGACACAUUCUUGAGAUACGCCAAGGUGGAAUUGACUCCACCAACACCAGCUGACAUUCCCGCUAUCCGUCAAGGUAUUGGCCGCUUGGUCACUGGCGCUCGUACCGGUGCUUACAAGAACUUGACCGUUCGCGAAGCCUGGUUGAACACCUUGGUCACCAUGGAGGUCGUCUUCUGGUUCUACAUCGGUGAAUGCAUUGGCAAACGCCACAUUGUUGGCUAUGAUGUCUAAAUUUGUUUAGCGACAAUUGCAUAUAUCGAUGAAAUACAUGUAUUUUUUAGAUUACUUUAAAUAACAACAACAACAAAAAUAAUUCAUAAAUCUUGUGCACCAUGGUGUCCAGCGAACAGUGUGUAUGUGUGUUGAAUUUCAUUUGCCAUUGGCGAUUGAAUUUAAUUCUGCAACAAUAAAAUGAAAUUCGAAAUACUUCUAAUGUGAUUAUGGAA